CAGUGGGUGUGGCUUUAAGUAGUCUCACCACCUCGCGUGCCCAGAACAGAGACAGAGACAGAAACCGGGACAGUGUGACACACCGGGCUACGCUCUGAGCUGGAAGAAACGUUUGGGAAGUGUCCAUGAAGACCAACAGGUUUUGGAUGAGCCACGGAACGUAUCAGUCUUUGUUUUUGAAGAGUUCCUCCUUCUAAACUUUGGCCCUGAGCAGCUCGAACAGAGCAGUUUUGUGGAACCGUGUCUGGUUCUACAUCAUAAAGUCCCUACCAGAGGAAUUUUUCAUCAUAGUUUAAGGGGUGAAAAAAUAAAAUACAUUAUUUUUAAUGUUUUAGUGGUUAUACCUAGAAGGUUUUUUGGAGCCCCUCUCCUUCCUCAGGGAGGUCAGCAGUUACUUACAGAACGUACAGGGACUUAACACUUUGCCCACGGACACAAAGACAGAAGAGACACUCAUUGUGGUGGGGACUGGGCUAAGCUCUGGACCUUUUGCACGUCCUCUGACGUACCGAAGACCAUGCUGUACCUAAAGAAAUACUUCACGGAGGGCCUUAUCCAGAUGGCCAUCCUGCUCAGCCUGGUUGGAGUGUGGGUUGACGUGGGACUGGAGCCCUACAUGACACAGGAGAUGAUCCUGGGUCCCACCUCGGCGCUGACCCAGACGCAGUUCCACAACCUCCGCAACCGCCUUGAGGACGGCCAAGACCUGCACCCCAAGAGUGUGGACCUGGACAGGUUCUUCACGUCACGAAGGCUGCUGGGCUGGGUCCGCUCUCUUGACAGACUACAGGUUCCACAUGCACAACUGGAAACAUGGCUGGCCCAGCGGGAGCCAGAUCCUCUCCCCAUGGCAUGUCCAGACCAGUCCUCCCCACUGGAGAGAGCACCUGCUGGGGUAGAAAGAGACCGAACUGCCCCGCCUGUGGAAUCCAGAGCUGCACUUGGUACCAUGCAGGAAGAAAAAGAGGAGGGUGAUAAAGAGGAAGGAGCAAACCAUGUACAUCAUCACAGUGGUCUUCUGGAGGAGAGAGGAGAGGAAGAGGAGCAAGAGGAAGAGGAGGAACACCUGGGCAGGUGGACAGAGGGAAGAGGAAGACUAGGGGGUUCCUACAGCCGUGCUAACAACAGAGAGCUAACUCAGAAUGAAGUAGACCAGACUUCUUUCUCCCUCCGGGAGUGUUUGAGGCUGUUGGAGGAAAACUUUCCCUUAACAGAAGAACAAGAGUUACGUGAUGUUGGUGGUAGAAGGGAAGACCAGGAGCAACAGCCACAAGGCAGGGAGCCCCUGCUGUCCCAUAUCAUCCCCACUGGUAACCCAUCCAUGGAGCUGGAGCUCCACUGGCAGGACCUGUUGGCUAUCAUGGAGCCUGAGAAUACAGACGUUGACAUACUGACUUCAUUUGACCACACCCAGAAUUCAAGAGCCGCUGGGACCCUUCAGUCUGUUGGGUCUGAAGCUCUACACCAAAAUUGUAACAACCAUGAGAACGGCAUAACAGAGGCUGAUCGGGAGGAAGUUUUAAUGGAGACUCCUCUGCAGCACGGUUUGUUGGGGCCUCCAAGGCAGUCAGAGGUAGAGCCAGCCCUGCUUCCUCUCACCCCCAGUGCAGACUUGGAUGACCACAGUUCUGCCUCAAACACAAGGGACACUUUGCAAAACUCUAAUGAGAAUCCCUCGCACAGUCUUCCAGACCACACACAUCUGCUUGCAGAAGAUCCUUCAGAAAACAUGGGACUAAAUGCAGAAGAUAACUCUAGUACCUUCAACAUAAAUCUACUAACACAAGGUCUUGGCGAUACCCUGGAAGGCAGUCCGUGUUCACAGUAUGCCCCCUCCCCUGAAAACCUUCCUAGCUUUGAUGUCAACUUUCAUUGGCGUGACUUGACACCGUCCGGUUUCACCCCAUCUCCAGAGGGGAAUGGUAUGACUCAAGACCGCCUGACAUCUCCCUCCAGUGUCUUUCUGGUUGACGAAGAGGAGGAUGGUGAUGAUGAGGAUGGCCUCCUUAGCCCACUUAGUGACCUCUUAGAGGAUGCUGCCAUCUUGGAUGAGAUGAGAUUGUUGGACCUGGCUCUGGAGGAAGGAUUCAGUCCUGAGAUGGCAGCCAAGCUGGAAGAGGAGGGCUUCCUUGACCGUGAAAUAUCCCAACAAGAAACCGGCAGAGAUGAUGACGACUCAGGCUCUAGCAUGGCAGUCCCAGAAGAUGAGGGUCAACCAAGAAGACCUCAGCAAGACAUCAAGGAUGAGACAGACUCCGACUCUGGUCUUUCUCUUUCUCUCAGCCACAGCCCUGCUUCUCCAUGUGCUUCUGAGGCCUCCUCUUACUCCUCUUCCUCAACCUCUUCUUCUUCUUGUGGGUCAGCUGUGGAAAGUCCCUUCUCUCAAGAUGAGGAUGAAGAGACGGAGGAAAUGAUUUUCGGUUCAGAUAUGGAAGUGGAGGUGACCAUAAAGCAGGAGGAUCUGGAAGAAGAGGAGAUGGGGGCAGUAGGAGGAGGGUACCCUGAAGAUUUUGGGAAACCCUUCCCUCCCAACUAUGGGGAUCACAAGCUGUUUAACGGCUCCCCUUGGCUGGAGCAUAUCGGCCACGAUCACACGUACAACCAGCCCUUGCCCCCCGCCUCCUCUCCAUCUCUGGGCAAGAUGCCCACCAAACACACCAAAUGCUUCUCGCGCCAUGACAACGUCAAGCCGUACCACCGCUCCUCUUCCAGACACAUCUCCGAGACCAAAAUGUGGAGCCGCGAUGAACGGCGUGCCCGAGCCGGGAAGAUCCCUUUCUCCAACGAGCUGAUAGUUAAUCUGCCAGUGGAUGAGUUUAAUGACCUAUUGGCCAAUUACCAUCUCAGUGAGGAGCAGCUUAUACUUGUCAGGGACAUACGGCGCCGUGGUAAGAACAAAAUAGCUGCCCAGAACUGCAGGAAGAGGAAACUGGACGUGCUGCUGGAACUGAAAGACAAUGUGUCAGGUUUGAGGCGCUACCGUUCGCGGCUGCUCCGAGAGAAACAGGAAGCCCUGAGGAACCUGCAGGAAAUGAAGCGCCGACUGGGCACGUUGUACCAGGAUGUCUUUUCCACGCUGAGGGACGAGGAGGGCAUGCCGUUGAAUGCUAUGGAGUACCUGCUUAAUUUUGAGUCAGAUGGUAGCGUCACCGUAGCUUCACGCCAACAAGGGGCAGCGCUGCCACUGAGAAACAACAGCAAGAAACAGAAGGACAAGAAGAAGUGAGGAGGUGCAUUCUGAUGCGGUGGUGUAUGAAGGAACACAGGAAUUAUUUAUCUGCUGUCAAUGGAAGAUGCUGAAAGGUACCAUGGAACCCUCACACGUCCUUACAGUGGCGUUUUUUUUCAAAGAAUUGGUGGCUGGCUGGAUGGACAGAGGAAAUCAAGGCAGGAAAAAAAGAGCAAGAAAACCUUUACUCCAGGAUGUGUUGCUAUCCAUUCUUCUUUAUGAACAUUUUCUACACUGGAAAAAACACAUGAGUUCAACAAUUGUUAAGCUCAAACAACUCUGAGGUAAAUCUAGGCUACUACAUAGUGGAAACAAAACAACAGACGCUAGUUGACCUGGGACCAGCGCUUUUGGUGCAUAGGCUAGUUCGAUGCCUAUGCACAAUCCUGCUGGAAAAUACUGAGUUGAACAAGCCAACAGACUGAUAGCACGCUGGAUCCUGGCCAUCAGCUAAUGUAGCCGAAUUAGCCGCACAAUCGCAGACACUACAAUGACUCUGGGCCACCAAGGAAGGGUUGCUGGUGCACAGGAAGGGAAGUGGUGAUCAUGCCCCCCUGAGCUGGUAGUGGUGCGGCAUCUCACUCAAAGACACUUCAGCAGGAUAAAGAAAAGGGUCAUGGGGGAUCAAACCUGUGUAUGUAGAGUUCCCAGACGGUGCAGUAACCACAGGCCACCUUGCUGCCAGAAUGAACCACGCUAUUCACCAAAAACUCCAAGACUCUAUGUACCGUCUCCAGCAGAGGCCUUUCAAAUAAAUGACGAGUAAAUGUGCCACCUUGGCCACUUUGCUUGGCUUCUUGGAAUACAUAACCUAGGAGAGACUUCACGUCUGGCAAUUUUUCUUGACCAUUACAAGUGCCACUCCUACAACCUGACUGAGUUUGGGGUUAGGUUUAGAGUGACUGAGGUAUUAACGACAAUUCACAAAUAGCAAAACCAUAGUGUCUAUAUAAGCUAAAAUUUUGGGGAUAGGCCUUUGGAGCCCCAUCCAUUUUCAGUCUGUUCUGAAUAUGAUUAAUUGACUUUGCAUUGACCCAUAUAUGUUGCCCGUAUUAUUUUUUUCUUGUGAAUUUUCUGAAAGCACGAUAGCAAGGGGUUUCACCUGUGCCUUCAACAUACGUUAUAGGUUUUAUGUAUAUUCAUCACACCUAUGUGACUGUGAAGCUGCGGAAAUCGUAUUGUCAACUUUAAACGUGGUGGGAAUCUGUAUUCCAAAUAUAGCUCAAGGGUAGGCCCAGGUGCAUGGGUACAACAAUUCAAGUUGUUAAGCUGUUAAUGUUUUCAGAUUAAAAUGUCAAAGUGUAUGUCAAAUGCCCCAAAUACUUGCCUGGCAAUUUUUUUUAUUUUUAUUUUUUACGUGAAUUGAUACUGUAAAAAUGACAGCUUUGGCCUUCAAAUACAUGUAACUCUGGAUUCAAACAUUU